UUUCAGGAGGCGGGGCGGCCCGCACGGUCGGGACGUCCUUCUGAAACUGUCCUGCUCUCUCACUCAGAAAACAACACAGAACUAGCUAGUUAAAUAAGUUUGGAAGAAGUGUCGGGGGCACUUUGCUCAACCCGUUUAUUUAUUUUUUAAACAAACUUUUAUAACCUGCGACAACUGAGCGAGAGAGAAAACCGACGCUGAGGUGGGCCACCUGAUCCAGGGAGAGGAAUUUAUUUUCCUUCUGCGUUCCUGAUGGAGUCAUACAGAGUGACUGGCAUUCCUAACAGCGGACCACAGCGGGGCAACACUCAGCCGUCCCGCCCCUCCAGGCCCCACAGUAAUGGAGCUGGUACAUACGGUCUCAGCAUCCGUGUCCAGGGUAUAGAUGGACACCCCUACGUAGUUCUCAACAACCAGGACAGGGGUCCUCAAUCCUUUAUCGACCCUAACAGUAAUGGGUACAUCGACACAGAGGGCUCUUUCAUUGAGAACUACCAGGAGUAUGAUUUCAAGGGAGAAAAGGUGGCUGGAUCCAACAGCCCCUUCAUGGAGUACAGGUCUCAGAAGACACAUUACACUGGCCCUGAAAAUGGCAUAGCAGAUUCACAAGGAAAGAAACCGUCCUCCCUUCUAAACUUUCAGAAGCACCCUGAGUUACUGCAGCCGUAUGAUCCGGAGAACAACUCCCUGAACCUUGACACUUUCCACAACCUGCCUUCAAUGCCUCUGGCUGGGACUGGGAACCAACACCAGAGUUCCUCUUCCAAAUCUGCUGCACCUGCACCAUCCAACGCCAAGUCAUCAAGCCUGGACCGGAAUAAAGCUCCUGCGCAGCAAGAAAAAGGGCAACUUCCAUCACAUAGCCGGAGUGAGACAGCCAUUCCAAAGCCAAAGUCACAGCCCCAGUCUUUGCCUCCAGCCCAGCUCGCUCAGCCUCAGAUCAGGCCACAAUCACAAGUGGCUCAGCCGCAGUCCAACCAUCGUCUUGCCAACGUGAAUCCGCCUCUGUCCAGGUUAGGCUCUAAAACUCAGCAGCAACCAGUGCCUUCAGACCAGCCUCAGCCCUCCACCUUGUCGAGUCCUACAAGUGAGCAGAGCAAGACAUCGUGCCGAUCCCCCACUUCUAUGAGCAGCGCCAACUCCAGCCUCGAGCGCAGCCGCCGUGAGCCUGAUGUCCUUCCUCUUCGCAGGACCGACUCCAGUGGUCCAGUUCUUCAGUCCUCAUCCCGUUCCCGCCACUCCUCCUCAUCUUCCACCUCUAAGGCUCUGGUGGACGAACAGAUGGAUGCCCUGUACGCGGACACCAUCAACCGUCACGAGAAUCGCCGCUACAUCCCUUUCCUCCCAGGUUCAGGCAGAGACAUUGACACAGGUUCCAUUCCUGGUGUUGAUGAGCUCAUUGAGAAGUUUGAUGGCAAAGAUGGCAGCCACCAGCGCAGGGGCAGGGCGGGGCGCAGGAACAGGAUCAAUCCCGAGGACAGGAAGCGCUCCCGCAGUGUGGAUAGCGCCUUCGGCCUGCCAGAUGGCUCUAGCUACGUGGACGGGUUUAGCAGCCAGAGAGGCACAUCAAAGGAGCAGGUUCUGCGUCCCUCACAGCUACGGCUGCAGAAAACAGCCAGCGGUCAGGACUCCUGGCUCACGGCUGUAGAUGGUAAGGCUACAACUUGUGUCAAGAGUGCGCCCGGCUCCCCACAGAGCACCAUCUCUAAAGGUGUCGGCGCCAUACAGGGUUACAAAAAGCCACAGACUCGCACCUCUGCGCUACCAUUCAAGAGUAAGGAGAGCAAGGACAGUGCCUCCUCAGCUGGAAAUGUUUCGACAACAUCGCUGUCAACAUCGCUAUCCAAGCCUACUUCCACCGGAGACAAAAAGCCCAGUACAGAGGCAGAUGUUCAGGCAACACCUGAUCUUCUGAAAGGUCAACGGGAGCUUUCACAACAAACCCACGAAGAGACCGCAAAACUAAUUCUGUUCAAUUACCUCAAGGAUGGAAGCAGCGAUAAUGAUGAAACGACGAAGAGAAAGGUCAACCUUGUCUUUGAGAAGAUACAGACGUUGAAGUCUCGAGCCACGGCUAGUGCACAAGGCGACAACAAACCCCUUGACUUUGCUGCGCAGACCAAAGCUCUGAAGGAGCAAAAUGAUGAACUGGGGAAAGAAAUGGCCGAACUGAAGAGACAACUUGAGGACCAAACCACGAAGAAUCAGGCGGACAAGAGGAAAGUAGCAGGUUUGAAGGAGCUGCAGCAGGAGCUGGAGCGGAGUGCAGAGGAGUGCAAGCGUCUGAAGGAAAAACUAGCUAAAACAGAGGUCGAGCUCCAGACCACAGUGGAAGAGCUGUUCCAGGUGAAGAUGGAGAGGGAGCAACACCAGACUGAGAUCAGAGACCUGCAGGACCAGCUGUCGGAGAUGCAUGACGAGCUCGACUUAGCCAAGAAGUCAGCUGCAGAUGGAGAAAAAGACAUCAUCAUGGCGGACAUGAUGCAACUGAAGAUGGAGAUGCAGGAAGUUUUCCUGGCCAAGGAGGAGCAGGAGGAGGUGCUGAGGAGGAGAGAGAGGGAGCUGACAGCUCUGAAAGGAGCCCUAAAGGAGGAAGUGGCCGCUCAUGACCAGGAGGUAGACAAGAUGAGGGACCAGUAUGAAAAAGAAAUAAGCAGGCUGCAGACAUCUUUGGUGGAGGCCAAGCAGAGCAGCGCAGCAGUGGUCCGUGAGAAGGCUGAAGUGGAGGCAGCCAAGGGUGCAGUGGAGGGCCAAGCAGGACGGCUGACCCAGGAGGCCGAGCGGCUGCGCAAGCGGGCACAAGAGCUGGAAAAUGAGGUGGCCAAACUCAACCGCAUCAUCGAUGAUGCCAAGCUACAGGAGAGCAGGCAGGGGGAAAGAGCUGGCCGAUUGGAGAGAGAGAAAAAGCAAUUGGAAGAAUCUUUGGCUGAAAUUAAGGAGCAAGAAGAGGAGAUGUCGCGUGCCAAUCGAGCGUUGACUAUUCGGUUGGAGGAUGUGCAGAGGAUCUUUUCCAAACUGAGCACUGAGCACAAGGAGUUGGAGGAGAGGUUACAAGAAGAGAGGACUCAGAAGGAGCAGUUCAAGCACAUGAAGAAUGACAUGGAGGAUGAGAGGAGACUGCUGGACCGCACAGUGGAGAAACUUCAGAAGGAGAUGAAUGAUAUUGUGGUGGCGUCCCAGUCAUCCACUCUGGAGCUCCAGGAACAGAUUGAUAUUUAUAAAGAGAAUAACCGUAGGGAGCUGACGGAUCUGCAGAGGCUUUUGAAGGAGCGAGGACAGGAGCUGGAGAAGUGCCUACUGGCUACCAACACCCUGCAAGAAGAGUUGUCACGUCGGGAGGAGGACCUGCGGCAGUGUCAGAGGGAACGAGACGAAGCCGUGCUCAGGGUGACGACGCUGGAGAAAAAGGUUCAUGAUCUGGAGGUGGAGGCUGAGACAAAGGCCCACGCUAAAGACGAAAAAGUUCGACGCGUCAAACUCAUGGAGGACAGGGUCGCUCAGCUGGAGUUGGACCUGGAUGAGGAGCGUCAGAGUGGAGACCAGCUGAUGGACAGGAUAGACCGAGGGAGAGAGCAGGUGGAGCAGAUGAGGAAUGAACUCCUGCAGGAGAGGGCUAGCAGACAGGACCUGGAGUGUGACAAGAUGGCUCUGGAGAGACAGACCAAAGACCUGAAGAGCAGAGUGGCUUAUUUAGAAGGCUCCCAAAAGUCCAAUAAAGAGGGCCUGGUAACCCAGCUGGAGGAUCGCAUACAGGAGCUGGAGGGGAGACUGGAGGGGGAGGAAAGGGAGCGUGCCAACCUGCAGCUGGUGAACCGCAGGCUAGAAAGGAAGGUUAAAGAGAUGAUGAUGCAAGGUGAAGAAGAACAAAACUCAUUGCAAGAUCAAAAGGACCAAUUGAAUCUGCGUCUAAAGGCCUUGAAACGGCAGAUGGACGAGGCCGAGGAGGAGAUCGACCGACUGGAGCACAGCAAGAAGAAGCUGCAGAGAGACCUGGAUGAGCAACAGGAGGCCAAUGAGCAGCUCCACGGCCAGCUCAAAGCUCUGCAAAAUGAGAUCAGGCGUAAGAGCACCUCAGCACCGCUGCUCAACACCCUGGACGACGACGAGGAUGACGACAUCAGCACCGACGGGGAGACGUACUUCAGCUCAUCACUGGGGUACAAGCGCUCCUCAAGUCAGGACAACAUCUUGUCCACCUUCACUUUGUGAACAAACGGGACGGGAGGUGGAUGAUAAAGCUGCUUUAUUAUACAUCACUGUUGGACCAAACAGCUGGAGAGCUGUGCUACAUGCUUUUUGAAAAGACUACACCCAAAUAUCUGUGUGGUUCAAUCUCGAUGUCCUUAAAUUCAAUCAGUAUUAUUUGAGCAGCUCUGAGAUGAAUAGAUUAAAUCAUAAAAGUGUUGAUGUUUUAGCCUGUCCCAUGGAAAAUAAAUGUAUAUACUUUUUAAUUUGGUAAUUUUACAUUCCCACAUGAAGUCUUAUGUAAAUGUUUCAGUUCUUUUCUGUGUGGAGCUUUGUUAACAAAUGCAUUACACAUGAUUAUCCUAGCAUUAGUAAACUUAAAAACGCACUCUUUAAUUCACUGUAAAACAAUGCAACCAGUACUGCCUUUGUGAACAAUAUGAGGUGAUUAAUCCUCACUGUUUUAUACCUAUCAAAUAUGUUAAAUGUACUUGCAGUAUCUGAUUAUUAAGUUCUAUAUCAUUCCAUAAAAAAAAAAAACUUUACAUUUUAUGAUUGAAGAUUAUAUCUGAGUAUAUGAAGUGACCAGUGCCAGGAUGUUUUUUAAUUUUAAUUUUUUUAUUUAUUCACGGUUGAAUACACAAGAUCCUGGCUCAGUGAGGGUUUUAGGGAACAGUUAAUGAGGGACUUUGUACACAUUUUUUAGACCGCUUUAUAUGGUUUGAUAUGAAUAAUAGAUCCAUUAAAAUAUUAUCAACAGGCGUUUGUUGGAAUUUUAUCGCAUAAGUUACUCCAAAUAUUCGUGAGUGACACCACAGUAUUGCUUUUACUUAUCUACUGGUAAAGGCUGCUUAAUGCAAUCAUGUGUGAUAAAACCUAAAUUAACUUUAUUUAGUCUUUUCUGUGAUUAUUGAUUCUGAAUCAGACUUGUAGCAGUCACCGCACCAAACAAAGAUACACAUAUCGAAACAAUUUCAUCACUGAAGAUAUUAUAUUAGAAACACGUUUAUUUAACUUCUAUCUCUGGUAGUGAUUUCUCUCCUGAAUGGGGUAGUGUUGAUAACUGGACAUGGUUUAAAUCUUUUUGUUUAACCUCGUGUGUGUUUGAAUUGGGCCACUGCACAUAAAGCCUUGCAAUGCCUUGUACGUGUGCUCUAAUUUUCCUUGAGCUCAAUGAGGGAAUUUCUUCAGAUGAGAAACUGAAUUUUGAUGUUUUGCUACACUGUGAUGAUUUGCACUCUCUGUUGGCUCUGCAUGGAAUAUAAGUCUGACAUAUAAGUCUGACACCUGUGGAGGGAGAGUGGAUGGAGACAAAUUGCUGCCACUACCUCUCUGUACACAUGUAUGUUCAUAAAUCCUGCUGAGACUAAAAUAAAGUUACUUCCAGUUACUCUUA